UUUCUAAAGGAGGGUGGGUUUGCGAGAGGUGGUUUAUUUGAAUGAAUAUUUAACUCUAAGCCAUGUCACGUAGCCAAAUUCUUUAAAGCCGUCAUUAUAUCAUUUUUAAUCAUAUUUUAGGUAUAUCAUAUAUUAGUAGGUCUCACGAGUCACGACGUCGGACAAAAAUUUUCGGAAACAUAUGGCUGAUCGUUGUAUCGUUUCAUUUUUAUGUCUAAGCAUUAAUUUAUUUGUUAAUCUUUCUAUCUUUUCAUCUUUCUACGAUGUUGGUAGGCAUAUUCUUUGUUCAUUUGCUGCGCCUCCCGCAGUAAGUCUCGUAAUUCGCCUUUUUGGUCUGCUGAGAAGGCUAUUUCUUCAUACAUGGAAUGUGCUGUUUCUUCACCAACCUUAAUAGCAACUCUACAUCUUCAGAGCUAAAAUAAGAUAAAUGGCUUAUUGAAAAAAAUUGAAAAUUUUGUCUAAAUUAUUCACACUUAUUUUGUUGAUAAAAUAUAUAUCUAAAAAUUUUUAAAAAUUUUUUGAUCAAAUUACUAUUUGGACAAAAGCGUUGGGCGCCCUAAUUUUGAUUAAUUUGCUCAAAAACGUACAUAAUAAUAAUAAUUA